CCAGGCCUGGCGGCGCUGAUGGUGGGCUGUGAGUCUGGAAAUCUGGGCGCCAUGUCUCGUGUCCAGCUGCUCCUUCUGGACCGACCAGACCCAGAAACCCUGCCGGGUCACCUUGAUGAGGAAGACUUAAUGUGCCCGCUGGAGGACUGGAUGCAGGACGUACCAGGAUCGACUUCAGCAGGUGCUUCCAGGCCCCCAUCUGCCAGCUCCGUCUCUGAAAGAUGUGACUCCAUGAGGAAAGUGGACGAAAGCAAAUCAGAACACUCUGGUGGAAGCUGUGGAUCACCUGCAUCGUGGACCUCAGACGGGAGACCAUCAUUGUUCAGGAAAGGUGUUGGAGGACCCGCUGAGUCCAAUUGUCCAGCAAGGACAGAAGAAGACGUGGAGUCCUCAGAUGGAGGGAGGAGUCUCGAACACAUGAUUGAAGCGAAGGAACGGAUGAUGGCGGAGAGGAAAAGAAAGGCGUUGAACAUACUUUCUAAACUGCAAAACCUGACCGCGUGUCAGCCUGGGACCGAUCAAGACUGCUCCAACUUUGAGGAUUUUGACGUUUUGGCAAAAUACUGCAUUUUCAGUCAGGAGAAGCUGGAAGAGUACAAACAAGCUUUUGUCAAAGAGGACAGUGAUGGAGAUGGUUACAUCUCCUGCCUGCAGGUUCUGCUCGCUUUGAAAAGCAUUAUUCCUUCAGGACUGUUGUCUGAAGAACAAGAGAUCUAUGUCUACAGGAUCCUGGAAAUGGUGGACUUCAGGGUGACAGAUGGACUUGUGGACUUGAGGCUUUUCGCUGUUAUUGCCAGCUUGGCACAGAAAAUAGCCGCCAUAGAUGAGUUUAUGCAGUCACUAAUCAGCAGCAUGGACUUCCGCUCUCUGGAAGUGAUGGCUCUUCAAAGCCAAGCAGCUCUUCCUGUUCCUCCUGGAGGAGCACUGGGGACUGGGGAGCUCAGCGGGGCUUUAUCAGUGCAGAGCAGCUGCUGCUGGAGGUGAAAGCUGGAGGGAUCCGCCUGGAGCCCGAGGCGGCCGUCGGACUGGAACUCCGGCACGUCCCGGCUCUGGACCUGCUGGACUAUCUGGCCUACCUGCCGCUCUUCAUGCUCAUUCACAAAUCCGUCAUCACAAACCCCCUGGAGGACUCCAGUAACCUUUGACCUCACUGUGGUGACAGCACUGUGGCCUGAUGGGAAGUGGAAAUAUGUGAGUGGAUUCAUUGACAUAAAUGUGUCAUGUGACACAUUUCAGAGCGUAUUUCAAAACUGUGAGAUCGACACGGCCCCAUUUUUAUUUUAUUCUCUUUCUCCUCCAUCACCACAGUGUCAAAUUAAUGAGUUCAAGCUUCAAAUCACACACACAUAAUAAUAAUAAUCAAUUAAAUUAACCUACUAUUAGAAAUAUUAUUUUUAAAAAUGGCUUUAUAAUCAUUGUUUAGUUUAAUCGCUGUGUGAAAGUGUUGACACAGUGCCUGGAAGCAGUAUUCACACCUGUGGACUUUUACACAUCCAUCCAUCCAUCCAUCCAUUUUCUUCCGCUUUAUCCGGAGUCG